CACGCCUGCACUGGCGGCGCCCGCCACCCGCCUUCGGCUCCUCGUCCCUUCGGCGUCGUCUGCCGCCGCCGCGCCACUUGCACAUCGCACCAAAGCCGAGCCGGUUGUUUUCUUUUCAUCGUUUUGUUCGCCUGGGGCGUCAGAAUCGGAGGAGGCUGCCGUGGUUUCGGGCUGAUUGAUCAGAAUAAGCUGGUUUCGGUCGAAAAGUCGCUGCUUGCAGUAACUUGGCGAGAAUUUCUGCUACAGUUGAGUGUGAACUUGGCGCGAAAUGAACCUGACGCCAGUCCAUUCUGGUGGUUAAGACUUAUGAAGCGGCGUUGAGACCGAGUUAAUUCCUGCAUCCAUCGCUACCUGGAGAGUUGGUUGAUACCGACGAACCGCGCGUGGAAGAGAGAGACGGAGCCCGGCAUGGAGGGUGGCUCGAGCUCGCCGCCACCGUUCCUGAUGAAGACCUACGAGAUGGUGGAGGACCCGGCGACCAACCACGUCGUGUCGUGGGGGCCCGGCGGCGCCAGCUUCGUCGUGUGGAACCCGCCGGACUUCUCGCGGGACCUGCUGCCCAAGUACUUCAAGCACAGCAACUUCUCCAGCUUCAUCAGGCAGCUCAACACCUACGGUUUUCGAAAAUUUGAUCCAGAGAGAUGGGAGUUUGCUAAUGAGGACUUCAUAAGGGGACACACGCACCUUCUGAAAAACAUCCACCGGCGCAAACCAGUGCACAGCCACUCGAUGCAGAACCAAGUGAACGGACCAUUAGCGGAGUCCGAAAGGCGUGAGCUUGAGGACGAGAUCAGCAGGCUCAAGUACGAGAAGAGCCUGCUCCUGGCAGAUCUCCAGAGGCAGAGCCAGCAGCAGUGUGGGAUCAACUGGCAGAUGCAGUCGUUAGAGGAGAGGUUGAUGCACAUGGAGCAGCGUCAGAAGAACAUCGUAGCCUCCUUGUGUGACAUGAGACACAGAGUUGUCUCAAGCUCUCUGUUGGGAACAGAAACAGACCAUUUCAGCAAGAAGAGGAGGGUUCCAACGCUUGAUUUCUUCAUCGAUGAUUCCGCCAUUGAAGAACAGCAGGUGUUGUGCCUGCAGACACUGGGUGCAGAAACACCAAGCAUGUCUCCCAUCCACCUUGUGAAUGAGGAACCAUUUGAGAAGAUGGAGCUGGCCUUCGUCUCCCUGGAGAAACUCUUCCAGAGAGCAAACGAUGCAACUCGUGAAGGCAUGUACGGUGGUGGUGCUGCACCCAACCCUGCUCUAACGCUUGGAGAGAUGCACUCGGCACCAAUGGAUACCAACGCCAAUCUGCAGUCAUCAGCUGGCCUGAAUCCCUUAUCGUCGACCGCAAGGCAUGCCCAUUCGUCUUCUCCAGAAUCUCCGAGUUACACGCAGAGCCCAAUGCUGCCAUUAGCAGAGAUCCAUGGCCAUGACCAUGAAGACGUUCAAAAGACCGCUGAAGUGGAUGUGAACUCUGAGACCACCAGCGCUGAUACUUCACAAGAUGAGACCACCACUGAAACUGGAGGCUCCCAUGCGCCGGCUAAAGUGAAUGAUCUAUUCUGGGAGCGAUUUCUUACAGAAACUGGCGAGGCCGAGUCAGGACGACAAGACGCUGAUAGUAAAAGAGAGGCAAAAGAUCUGAAGAUUGCCGUAGACUGCAACAGCCUCCAUCACCGGAAAAAGGUUGAUCAGAUCACUGAGCAGAUGGGGCAGCUUGCUUCAGCUGAGAAUGCCUGAUGUCACCAUCUGUGAUGAUCCAUAGAACACUUGUAAAGACUGCGCUAUACAUUAGUAGUUUGGGCCGCUUUAGACGCCCUGAUAAUAUACCUAGCUUAGUCUUUAUAGCAUUUCCUACUGAAAUUAUCUGCUGACUUCUGUACAUUGUGUCCUUAUGUAAAAGUCACUUUUGUAGAGAUAGAGCAGCAAACAUUCAGUUUUGUA